CGCAGAUUGGAUGUGGUUAACGACACUUUCUUUGUGAGUUCGUAAGGACAACAAAUUGAGAGAACUCGGACUAAAAAUGUGCUCUCUAUUUCCAAAUGAAGACGCGCCCGCGAGCGCAAGGUCAUCAUCAGCCAAUCGCACCAAGCAGCUGGUCCAUAUCUCGGCAUGGGCCACAAGAAUACUUGCUUUCCUAAGCAUCAUCCUCGUUGUCGUUACCUUUACGAUACAGCCUAGCCUGAUUGCAUCUGUUAUGUGUGUCACUGCAGUUUUCAGCAUUUUGAGUCCAUUAAACUUUAACGCUUGCUGUUAUUCAGAUUGUUCCCGAAACACAAAAUUUGAAAAGCGAUGCGGACUUGUCAGUGUAUUCGUAUGGAUGUUUUUCCUCAACGGUGCAUACAUUAUCGUGUUUGCACUUUGCUGGGAUUUUUGGUUUUUCGAGUCUGGCGCCGGCCGGUACAAAGGAAUGGAUUUGCUGAACACAGUAUUUGCGUUUGCUUUGAUCAUUAACAUCGUCCUGACAAUCUUAAAUCUUUACUCGAUUUGUCUCGUUUACAUGUAUGGCUGCUGUUUUAUGAAUGGUGUUGACAGGGAGUGUUCACAGCAAAGCUUUGACAUGAUGGAUGCGAAGCACUCACAACUUAGCACGAUAGGAGGAGGUGUUCCAGUUAACGGUUCAGGACUCACAAUGCCAAUUGGUCCUCAACAAGGUCAAAUCAGAACUACGACUUCGUUUCCACAACCACAACCGCAUCUCUCCAACAUGCCGCUUUCGUUGCAACCCGCCCCACAACAGCAGGCAGCUGGUGGAGUGACUGCUUAUUCAGCAAGCCUUUCUAUCCCAAAUAGUAUGCCAAUGUUAGAACCGGACGCAAAUAGUCAAAACGAAGCUCCUCCAAGUUACCCUGAGGCAGUUUUAAACGACAAACAUUCCUGCUAGUGUUGCACAGAUACGAACACCAGUUUAGUGCUGUAAAUGAUCGUUAUCAAUCUUUUUAAAUGGUUAUUUAAUAAUGCUAGGUGUGACUUUCUAGGGUUUUCUUGAUUUGAUUAUAAGGAUCUGUUUUGUUGUGGGUUUCGAUAUUGUCGUAGGUACCAUCAGCAGUUAUGUAUAAUCCUUGGUCAAACUAAACAACACAAAUAUGUUCGUCAAUUCUCUGUAUUCUGUUCAAAUUUAUUAAACGUCAACAAUGCUCAUAUAAAUCCAAAUCGAACGUUCUGAAAAGAUAAUUAUUUACAAUCAUAAGCAUAUAAAAAAUAAUUUAUUUUAUAUUAUAUUAACAUAUAUAUGUCUUAACAUCGUUAACAGUCUAAGCUAUGAUAUAAUUUAAUCGUGUGCAACGGCAGGUUAAAUUGAAUGACUUACACACACUUACAUGACAAAGUAUCACAAAAACAAUGCACAUCACACAAAACAUCACAUCAACAAUGUGAUUCAAUCUUUCUCUCAAGGUGUCCGUAUUAUUUCCAUGCUGAUUAUCAAUUGCAAACGAAACCCACAUGUGUAAGUAAUGGAAAUAGGCUGCAAAGAGCAACUCAGAACUGUCGUUUCGAUUUUAAUACAAAAAGUAUAACUCUAUAUAUGUCACUUUUAUUUUUAAUAAUGUGUUCUUUAUUUAUUCCCAGUUUUAGUACAAUGUUGCUUUUUGUUAUGAAACUCUAUGAUCACACAGUUUAAAACCUUUUAUUUUAUAAGGCAGACUGUGUGUGAUGCUCAAAGUUUCAAUGACUGCAUCGUAUCUUUGAAAACUUUUUGCAUCAGGUGCUCUGAAUUGUAUUCCUCUGUCUGCAGAUAGUGUUUGGAUCUCUUAUCAUUGAAGUACUUGGGGUUAACCUAUAGGUUUAUUAUGAUUUGUUUUAUUAUCAAGUUUCCUCACGUUAAUGCAUACUUUGAUAAGAUUUACCUUUUACGUUUAUUCUUUAUUUAGGAUUAUUGGGAUAAGAGUGAGGUUUGUGCACGUAAACUGGUUUAAAUCCCCAGUAGAUUUACAUUUUACUGACCGUUCCAAGGCGGUACCUAACAAUCCCUGAUAAACAUACCUAUUUUUAUAUAUAUAUAGUAUGUAUGCACUGUGCUGUUUGUGAAGUUAUUUGCUCUUCUUCCAUAUUUCUUGUUUGUGAUUUUUUGUUUUUGUGUUAUUUGUCUUUGGCGUUUACCUAGUGCCAUUAAACCGGAUUUAUGUUUAAUCCUUUUGCUACUGAGCUUGUUUCUGUAGUUUUUCACAUAAGUACUGUCAACAAGUGCUAUAACUAAAUAAAUAAGGCUGAAUGAACAAUUGCUCAUUCAAAAACAUUGCAAAACCAUUACAAUACAAAAGACAACAAAUGCCACAAAAUACUGACUAUUGUGUCUGAAUCAUCACUUAAAAACCAUAAACAAGUAAACAAUGUCUGACUCAAUCAUUCAAUUUUUUCAUACAAUGAAAACCUAAGGAAUGGUAUUCAGGUAAAAAUUGCAGUAUGCUUGAUGACAUUUGUAUUUUGCCUUAUGACCAUUCCAUUUCAACUGUUAAUAGUGUACGUUCCAUUCCGCUCAUUGCUUGUUGCCUGAUGGUAUGUGUAUUAACUAUUGUCAUUUUGUUAUAUUUCAAAAUGGAAUUGUAUUAUCUAUACACAAAAGCAAAAAUCACUUAAAAACUUUCUGUGUGUGGUACUGUUUACACGGGAACACAUUUAACAUUUAAAUUUGCUGGACAGUUUCCGACUUCAGAAAAGGAAGAGCAUGGGACAUUGAAUUAUGCAUGUUUUUCUAAAGACACUAUACUAGUUAUACCAACAUAUCGCAUACAAUUUCAAAGGGAAUUGACUCUUCUUUUUAUGUUACCCAUUCAAAAAUGGAUUGUUUUUAUGUUCGCUAAGAUUGAAAAAGAUGAAGUUUGAGUUAUAUACCUUGUUUCCUUUUUGUAUAUCAAAGGCAUAACAUCUUCAGAUGUGUUGUUUAUCUCAUUAUAUGUACCCACAAUGAUAUUUAUCAACAAUUUAGAGACAAACAAUGAGU